UGAUGUGUUCCAGUGUUCAUUUCCACGGAGCUGAAGAACGACUGUUUACGGGUGGACACGGCAAGGAAUUUAAAUCCCCCGGCUUGUUGCGCUACACUUUUAAAAGACCAAAUAACACUUUUAGUUGAUUUGUUAAAUUUUUUGGGGGUUGGAAUUUUUAGUACAGUUUAAUGUAGUACAUGUCAGAUAGAUAGGGCGUCGGUGUUAACAUUUUCGAGGUUCUUUUUGUUUUGUUUUCCGCUCUCAGUGGAUGGCCAUGGCGGUGGAAACGCGACCGGAGCUGGUUGGGAAGCGGUUCCUCUGUGUCAGUGGAGACGAGCCGCUGGAUCUCGGGGAUAUCGGGCGCUGGGGCUGGCGAGCUGGGGUCAUCCGAGCCGUUACUCACCGAGACAACAACAAUUCAGAGUUAACGGUGUACGUGGAGUUUGAUGACCUGGAGUGGGAGAAGCGGGAGUGGGUGAAAGUGUACGAGGACUUCCAGGUGUUCCUGCUGGAGCAGCAGCUGGUGUGGGCCAAGAGGAGAGAGAGCUCCCUGCUGGAGCAGCAGCUGGUGCGGGCGAAGAGGAGGGAGAGCACCGUGCUGGGGGAAAAUCCCCAGGGGACUAAAGACAGACACAUCCAGUGGCCAGCUCUGACGUUCAGACCUCUGGUGGGGAAGGCUACUCUGGGUUCCAUCACGGCUGUCGAGUUCUUCUCUGACAGACAACUGGACUUCCUGUCUGACCACGGAGCAUACCAGCCCUACCAGGAUGAAGUGGACAGUCUGAGUCCUGUUCUCAGGGACAACCCUGAGCUUCACGAAGAGGUCAGGUUCUGGCUCAAAGAUCAACAGGUUCAGGAAAUAUUUUUGCAAGGUCCGUAUUCAUUAAAUGGUUACAGAGUUCGUGUUUACAGACAAGACUCAGCUACUCAGUGGUUCACAGGGAUCAUCACAUAUCAUGAUCUGUUCAGCCGUAAUAUGGUUGUGAUGAAUGACCAGGUUCUAGAGCCCCAGAACGUUGACCCCUCUAUGAUCCAGAUGACCUUUCUGGACGAUGUUGUCCACUCUCUGCUGAAAGGAGAGAACAUCGGCAUCCAGUCCCGACGCAGGUCCCGCUCCAGUAACAACCAGAACAACUCUGCCCACACAGCAGGAGGGGGACCCACCGGCACCACAGGAAGAGAGCAGGGUCACUACACCCGCGCCCAAGCCAACAGUCCCAGACCAGUCAUGAACUCCUCUGGCGGGGCGGUGAAGCAGGGGUCAGGGGUCACCACCCAGCAGCAGCAGGGUCAAGGUCAGAGCCAGCAGGCCCCAGCGCAGCACUCCCCUUGCCAGGAACAGAUGCAGCAGCAUCGCGGCCCUCGCGUCUCCAGGAGGAAGGGAUCUGACAGCAGUGUCCCUGACGAUGACAUGAAGGGAGACCACGUGGACUGUAACGAGAGAGCAGGGAGAGGAGGUGAGGAUGAUGAGGAGUAUUAUCAUGGUGAAGAUACAACAAGAGACUUCUUUAAAAGUACGAGCAGCAAGCCGGUGGCUGUGAACAAGCGGAGGAAAGCGGAGGAGGAAGAGGAGAAGAAAUCAGGUUUGAAAAGACUGAGAAGCGAGACUACAGUGAGGUCUGACUUCUCUGAGAGCAGUGACUCUGAGAUGUCUACCAAGAGAACCAGGACGGCAGACUCCUCCUCUUCCUCAGAGCAGAACUCAGAGGAGGAGCUAAAAGGGAAGACCGGCCAGGAGGGACACAAGAGCCAGAGUCCUAAGACUGGGAAGGAGUCUGCUCUGACAGGCAGUCUCUCCCCCUGGGGUGAGGAGCUUCAGAAGGUGGCGUUUCAGCAGUCGUCAGCCGACAGGGAGCCGAGGUCAUCCCUGCGACAGCAGCAGGCCCCUCACCUGUCCUCCUCCCAGGGCUCUGCCCCCUCUGAGGGCCAAGGGGAGUGCAUCAUGGAGAACAACAGCGCUAUGAAAGACCCCUCCCAGACCAAUCUCCAGUCCAAGGACCAGUACACCAGCGCUGGGGUGGUCGCCAGGACCCAGACUCCCUCUCAGUAUAUAAUCCACAUCACAGCAGAGGACGCUAACGCACACAUGGCCUCCCGGGAGAACUCUGAGGCCGUCUCGGCCCUGCUGGCCUCCCAGAAUCCAUCUGAGCCCUCCUACCUCUCUGAGCCCAGCAGACAUUUGGUGCUAAACCCCUCUGUGGCCCCUCCCUCUCCCCUUCGUAAGAGCCCCUCGGAGUGUGACCUUAGGAACCAGACUCCCUCAGUAUCAGAGUGUGACCUUAGGAACCAGCCUCCCUCAGUGACGGAGUGUGACCUUAGGAACCAGACUCCCUCAGUGACGGAGUGUGACCUUAGGAACCAGACUCCCUCAGUAUCAGAGUGUGACCUUAGGAACCAGACUCCCUCAGUAUCAGAGUGUGACCUUAGGAACCAGACUCCCUCAGUGUCAGAGUGUAACCUUAGGAACCAGACUCCCUCAGUGUCAGAGUGUAACCUUAGGAACCAGACUCCCUCAGUGUCAGAGUGUAACCUUAGGAACCAGACUCCCUCAGUGUCAGAGUGUAACCUUAGGAACCAGACUCCCUCAGUGUCAGAGUGUAACCUUAGGAACCAGACUCCCUCAGUGUCAGAGUGUGACCUUAGGAACCAGACUCCCUCAGUGUCAGAGUGUGACCUUAGGAACCAGACUCCCUCAGUGACAGAGUGUAGGAAGCCAGAGGCAAAGCAGCAUGUAGCUGGCAGCCUGGGCAGUAAGAUGGAGUUAGUCCAUUCAGUGGUGAUCAGACCUGUAGCAUCAGUCAGUGAGUCUGCUGCUGUAGUAGAGAGAGAGAAGCAGCUAUAUUCCUCCAUGUUGCCCUGCAUUAAGAACGCCUCAUUGGCCGACGAGGCCAGGAAGUCGUACAAGCUAAACCCCUCCCCUGAUGUCCCCAAGCCCCUCCCCUCCCCAGAGGCCCUGAAGCAUAAGCCCCUCUGCCUCCCUGACAUCGUCAAGUCUAAAACACAGAGUGUUCUGGAGACUGGGUCUAAACCCAAACCCCUCACCUCCCCAGAGGUGUCCAAGCAUAAAGUUCGUUACCCGGACAACCCCCCUCGCUCCAGCUUUAAGCCCGUCCUGGCCCGAGGGACUGAGUCGCCAGGGUCUUGCACUAAGAGCCCGCUAAUCAUCGAUAAGAACGAGCAUUUCACCGUGUACCGGGACCCUGCGCUUGUCCGUCCCAACCAGGAGUCCAAUCACGUGUCCUAUCUGCACCCCCAGCUCCACCCCCUCCACGCCUCCUCCCACGCCUCCUCCCACCACCACACCUCCCACCUCCUGCCCUCCUCCCACCACCACCUCCUCUCCGGGGUGCUCUCUGGCCUGCCUCCAGGCCCCCUGCUGGGGGGUCAUCCCCGACUAGACUCCUCAGGGCUGGGGCACCUGGGACUAGCCCAUCACCACCCUGUCUCUCAGCCCCAGACACACAGCCACACCUCAGCCUCGUACAACCAGCUGGGGCUGUAUCCAAUCAUCUGGCAGUACCCCAAUGGGACCCGCUCCUAUCCCCCAGGACUCAACCUGCCCGGGUCGAAGUGGGUGCACCCCGAAAACACUGUCAACUCUGAGAGCAGCACGAGGAGGAACACAGCCAGCCCUUGGAUACACCACCAGGUGCCUGUCUCCUCCUCUGACAGCCUGAACCUACUGAGCCACGUCCCGGUCCCCGUCCGACCAGCCAGCGCCGACCCUCACCGGUCCGACCCCCAAUCCCACUGCCACGACCCCCACCGGCUCAUCAAGAUCAACCCUCACGCCAGCCCUCCUCUGCCCCUGGCCAAGACCACUGGGGAUCUUCACAAGGAGGAUUUGAAGGGUUUUGUGGACCCCAUUAGAACCAUCACUCUGGCCCAUCUGAAGCAGGAGCAGGACUGUAGCAGAACCCCGACCGGGAAGGACAGUCACUUGCACCACCUUUACCUGGAGGCCCAUAAUAAACAACAGCAACAGAGGAUGGUCCAGCAGCAGGAAGCAGGGCAGAUGGACCGGGCCAGUAAGUAUAAGGAGGAGAACAGACGGAUCCUCCAGGAGAGCAUUGAGGUGGCCCCCUUCACCGCUAAGAUCCGCUUCAGUGAGACCGACAGGGAGCCUAAUCCCUACCCCCGGAUCCCCUCCCUGCCCCACCCCUACCCCCGGAUCCCCUCGCUCCCCUCCCUCCCCCACCGCCUCCAUCAGGAGAAGGAAACGGAGCGCCCUGCAGUAGACCUGUAUCAGUUCAAACAGCAGGCCGCGUCCCAGCACAGUCUCCCCCCAAGUAACUACUUCACUACCCUGUCCAACAGUGUGGUCAACGAGCCGCCGCGUCUCUACCCCUCUAAAGAGCUCAACUCAUACUUUGAGAAGGUGAGCACGGCGCAGGACUCGGCAGCAGCCUCUAGUCUCUCUCUGGGAGGAGGGUCAGCGUUCAGCUCCAAGUCCCUGUCCAAACCCCCUCCUCUCAUCAAACACCAGGCUGAUGGGGAGGGUCUGCUAGGGAAGAAGAUAUCUGAGCAGCUGAGGUAUCGUCUCAGUACCAUAGUCAGCCCUGUUAGUCCAGACCUCUCCCCUUCCUCCAGUCAGACCCAGAGCCAGACCCAGACCCAGAGCCUCUGUCAGACCCAGAGUUGGACCCAGAGCCUCUGUCAGACCCAGAGCCAGAGCCACUGUCAGACCCAGAGCCCCUGUCGGACCCAGAGCCAGACCCUAGCCCAGCUAAGGUCUAUGCCAGCACUGCACCGCGCCCCUGUGUUCCACCCUCCUAUCCAGCACACACUGGACAGGAAGGAGGCGGGCUACGGCCGUUUGUCUCCACCCACCCUGACCCCCAUCCAGCCAGUCAGCUCGGCCGGUAAAGUGUCUGAGCGGCAGAAACCGCCCACCCUUCUGCCCGAGCUACGGGAGGUCAGCGCCGUGUGUAAGGGCGGGGCAGCGAUGACCUCAUCCGAGGUGUGGCGAGCCGGCGACUCUCAGAGCCACGACAAGCUGGGAUGGCAUUCUGAGAGGAGCCCCGGCAGGAAGCCUGGGGCCACAACGGCAUCUGUUAUCGUCCGUCCCUCUACGUGUAUAAAGUACGACGGCUCGCCAGGCGCCAAGACCUCUUCCUCGGCCAAGGACUCUCUGACGGGGAGGAUGUUCCCAGGCAGCAGGCCUCAGACAGUCUGUCUGAAACUGGCCUAUGAGAGAGACAGGGAGUCUGGAGGGAAUGUAAUCCUGCCAAACACUAACUUGGAGGAGGCUGUUUGCGUGCAGCAGUACAAUAACAAUUUUAUGAGAGUGUCCCAGUCUCAGGGAACCUUUCCAGUCUCUGUCUCGGCUGCUGCCAACUCUGUGUGCAAUAGGACUAGUGAUGUGACUAGGGCAGUCUCCAACAUGGCACCCUACGGUGUGCUGAGUAGAAGACAGGAGAGAACCUACUGUGGGCCCAACACCUCCAGCGCUAACAGGACAGAGAUCUGUGGCCCUCGGGGCAGGACCCUCCACUCAGGGCCUGGGUUAGGGCCAAGGGCUGAGCUCCAGCAACAGCAGGGGGGCUCCUCUAGGACCUCAUCCCCCAACCUGCACCCCGGGUCCAGCCCCAGCCUGGCCAGCAGCACCCAGGCCUCUCCCAACCCCGGGUCCAGCCCCAUCCUGGCCAGCAGCACCCAGGCCUCUCCCAACCCCAGCCAGUCCUACUAUGGGAGCUUUAUCCACCUGAAGAAGCACAAGGCAGCGUUGGCAGCAGCCCAGCAGUCCAGAGGCCCUAGCAGCAGCUCCAGAAGUCCAGAGGCCCUAGCAGCAGCAGCAGCCCAGCAGUCCCGAGGUCCUAGCAACAGCUCCAGAAGUCCAGAGGCCCUAGCAGCAGCAGCCCAGCAGUCCAGAGGUCCUAGCAACAGCUCCAGUGGUAGUGGUCUUGAGAGCCUGAUUGAGCCAUCUAACAGUAAAGCUCUUCACAUCUCCCCUCCACCUCCCCUUGCCUCGGCCUCAGCCCAGGACCACAGAACCACAGCAAGCCCAGGACCACAUCAAGCAGGAGCUAGCCCCAGCCCUUGCCCCCUCCCCAAUGGCCAGCCAGCCCAGAUGAACCAGAGCCAAUCUCAACCCAACUGCCACAAGCUGAAGAAGGCCUGGCUCACCAGACACUCAGAGGAGGACAGGAACAUAAACACUAUGAUUAAAACAGAGGAGGCUGAUAAGUCUGUUACCACCUCUGUGAGCCCCUCUGUGUCGAAGGCUGUUACCACCUCUGUGAGCCCCUCUGUGUCGAAGACUGUUACCACCUCUGUGUCGAAGGCUGUUACCACCACUGUGAGCCCCUCUGUGUCGAAGUCUGUUACCACCUCUGUGAGCCCCUCUGUGUCGAAGUCUGUUACCACCGCUGUGAGCCCCUCUGUGUCGAAGGCUGUUACCACCACUGUGUCGAAGGCUGUUACCACCGCUGUGAGCCCCUCUGUGUCGAAGGCUGUUACCACCGCUGUGAGCCCCUCUGUGUCGAAGGGUGUUACCACCGCUGUGAGCCCCUCUGUGUCGAAGGCUGUUACCACCACUGUGAGCCCCUCUGUGUCGAAGGCUGUUACCACCACUGUGAGCCCCUCUGUGUCGAAGGCUGUUACCACCUCUGUGAGCCCCUCUGUGUCGAAGGCUGUUACCACCUCUGUGAGCCCCUCUGUGUCUGAGAUGGAAAUGAUCAAGCCUUGCACUGUCACUCUGAUUGCCUCUACCUCCAGUGACGUGGAGAUGAAGAUAGAGGAGGUCAAAGGUCAGGAGGACAAGAUGGCCGCCGAGGACAGGAAUACGCGGCGUGGGAGCAAGAGGGUGUACGACCACGAUUCGGCCUCAGAGAGCGGCGAGGACUCUGACGCCAGCGAGAGCAGCAAGCAGGAGCAGAGGGCUAAGAGGCAGCCCAAACCCACCUACAAGAAGAAACAGAACGACAUGCAGAGGAGGAAAGGAGAGGGAGAGAGAGACGAGGAGGAGCUGAAACCCAACGGGAUCUUUAGGAGCGCCAGGGAGAAGACCAAGCUGAAACAGUCCAGCAACAAUGGGAUCCCCCGCUCUGUGCUGAAGGACUGGAGGAAGGUGAAGAAGCUGAAGCAGACGGGGGAGUCGUUCCUGCAGGACGACUCGUGCUCCGAGAUUGGACCCAACCUGCAGAAGUGUCGGGAGUGUCGUGUUGUCCGCAGCAAGAAGGGGGAGCAGCCUGCUCAUUCCCCUGUCUUCUGCCGUUUCUACUACUUCCGCCGCCUGUCCUACAGUAAGAAUGGAGUGAUCCGUGUGGACGGCUUCUCCACUCCAGAUCAGUUUGAUGAGGAGGCUCUGUCCCUCUGGGCUCCUGAUGUAUACGAGGAGAAUGAGUUGGACCCAGACUCCUCGAAGUACAUCCUCUCAUAUAUAGGAGACCAGUUCUGUCAGAUGGUCACCACUGAGAACACUGCUGCUUCAUGGAUCAAAAAAGAUGCCAAGAUGGCCUGGAAGAGGGCUGUGAGAGGGGUCCGGGAGAUGUGUGACGCGUGCGAAGCCACCUUGUUUAACAUUCACUGGGUCUGCCACAAGUGUGGCUUUGUGGUUUGUCUGGACUGUUACAAGGCGAAGGAGAGGAAGAGCUCCAAAGAUAAAGAGCUGUAUGCCUGGCUGAAGUGUGUCAAGGGACAGCAGCACGGUCACAAGUACUUGAUGCCAACACAGAUUAUCCCAGGAACUGUUCUAGCAGAGGUGGUGAGCGCCAUGCAUCUGUUCAGGGAGAAGGACAGCGUCAGGGCACCAUGUGUCUGUACUGGGAAACACACCAGUCUACUCAACAAGCUGCCAGUUACCAACGGAGUCUCUCAGGUUCUCCAGAACGUGUUAAACCACAGCAACAAGGUCUCUCUAUGUAACGUGAAGACAGAGCCUGGACAGCUGAACCCCAUUCAGGGUAAAGCUGAGACGAACGGAGGCUCCAGCCCUGCCUCAGACAUCUCCUCUGACUCCAAACGGACUCCCCCGGAGUCCCAGAGUCCUCUCCACUUCCUGGCUGACCUGGCUGAACAGAAGUCACGAGAAGAAAAGAAAGAAAACAAGGAGUCUCCUCUGGGUAAGGUGGGCAAGGAGGACAAGGUCAGUAGCCUGGAGUCUCUCCACUGUAAAGCGUCUAGCCUGGAGUCUCUCCACUGUAAAGCGUCUAGCCUGGUGUCUAACAUCACAGAACAGGGCUCGACUCUGAGAGACCUCCUAACUACCACCGCUGGUAAACUCCGUCUGGGCUCUACUGAUGCUGGCAUCGCCUUCGCGCCUGUAUACUCCACCGCAGCACAGAUGGGGAAGAGUGGCCGUAGCAUGCCCAACAUCCUGGAUGACAUCAUAGCAUCCGUGGUCGAGAACAAAAUCCCUGCCAGUCGAGGAGCCAAGCUGAGUCUGAAGCUGGAGGCCACCACCACCACUACAGAGGACAGGGAGGUGAAGACAGAGAGGAACGAGAGGAAUAAGCAGCCUGGGACAGGUCCAAACCCUGGGACUGGGACAGGUCCAAACCCUGGGACUGGGACAGGUCCAAACCCUGGGGCUGGGACAGGUCCAAACCCUGGGGCUGGGACAGGUCCAAACCCUGGGGCUGGGACAGGUCCAAACCCUGGGGCUGGGACAGGUCCAAACCCUGGGGCUGGGACAGGUCCAAACCCUGGGGCUGGGACAGGUCCAAACCCUGGGGCUGGGACAGGUCCAAACCCUGGGGCUGGGACAGGUCCAAACCCUGGGGCUGGGACAGGACAGCUUCCUGUAGCCAAGCCUCAGCUAGAGAAGACCCUGCUGCUCCAUGCUGACAUCCCCCACUGCUGGUUGUAUGAACGCAGACUGCUCUGGCUGAAAGACCAUCGCCACCCUGGCAACUGGAAGCUGUUCAGAGAGUGUUGGAGACAGGGACAGCCUGUCCUGGUGACGGGGCUCCAUAAGCCUCUGAAUGCAGCUCUGUGGAAGGCCGACAGCUUCAACCAGGAGUUUGCUGACCAUCAGGGAGACCUGCUGAACUGUAAAGAUGGACUUGUCUCUAACGCUGGAAUCAACGAGUUCUGGGACGGCUUCGAGGACCUCACCAAGAGACCCAAGUCUAAAGACGGGGACACUGUGGUGUACAGGCUGAAGGACUGGCCAUCAGGAGAGGAGUUCAUGGCCCUCAUGCCUUCCAGGUAUGAUGACCUGAUGAGGAAUCUACCACUGCCUGAGUAUUGUGACCCUGAAGGGAACCUGAACCUGGCCUCUCAUCUACCCAGCUUCUUCGUACGCCCAGACCUCGGACCACGCCUCUGCUGUGCAUAUGGAGUGGCAGCAUCUCAGGAGCAGGACUUUGGGACAGCUAACCUCCACAUGGAGGUCUCUGACAUCGUCUCUGUCCUGGUGUACGUAGGAGUGGCCAAGGGGAACGGAGUCCUGUCCAAGACGGGAGUGUUGAAGAGGCUUGAGGAGGAAGACUUGGACGACAGCGUGAAGAAGAGGUUGAAGGAUUCCAGCGAGACGCCUGGAGCGUUGUGGCACAUCUACAUUAGCAGAGAUGUGGAGAAAAUUAAAGAGUUUCUGCACAAGGUUGCUAAGGAGCAGGGGGCGGAGAUUUCGGCGGAGCACGACCCAAUCAGAGAGCCGGGCUGGUACCUGAGCAGGAAGUUGCGCCAGCGUCUGUGGGAGGAGCAUGACGUGCAGGGCCUGACCGUGGUUCAGUUCCUGGGGGACUCUGUCCUCAUCCCUGCCGGGGCGCUGCACCAGGUGCAGAACCUUCACAGUUGUGUCCAGGUGAUAAAUGAUUUUGUGUCUCCAGAGCAUGUGUUCCACUCCUUCCACCUGACACAGGAGCUGAGAUCCUCCAGAGAAGAGCCCAACUAUGAAGAUAAACUACAGGUAAAGAACAUCUUGUUCCACUCUGUGAAGGAUGCAUUGACGUCGCUGAAGAGGUACAGCCAGGAGGAGGAAGAGAACUCCUGACCCGUAGUUCCCCUGGCGCCUCCCUCUCAGACGCCGCCCGCUCUGGCGCCUCCCGCUCUGGCGCCUCCCGCUCUGGCGCCUCCCGCUCUGGCGCCUCCCGCUCUGAGAUCUCUUCCUUCAGCCUGGAACAGAUAUAUUCACACUGAUACUAACCACAACAGCACCAUCAACCCAGAGUGUCAAGCACAACACACUAAAACUACAUGUUACUGACCAGCAUCACUACCGCAGCAUCAGGAUACUGUCCAUAGCAGCAUCGCUACAACAGCAUCAGGAUACUGUCCACAGCAGCAUCACUACCACAGCAUCACUAUCCAGCAUCACUACCGCAGCAUCAGGAUACUGUCCACAGCAGCAUCACUACCACAGCAUCACUACCCAGCAUCACUACCACAGCAUUACUACCACAGCAGCACUACCACAGCAUCAGGAUACUGUCCACAGCAGUAUCACUACCACAGCAUCACUACCCAGCAUCACUACCGCAGCAUCAGGAUACUGCCCACAGCAGCAUCACUACCCAGCAUCACUACCGCAGCAUCAGGAUACUGUCCAUAACAGCAUCACUACCACAGCAUCGGGAAACUGUCCAUAGCAGCAUCAGGAUACUGACCACAGCAGCAUCACUACCCAGCAUCACUACCGCAGCAUCAGGAUACUGUCCAUAACAGCAUCACUACCACAGCAUCGGGAAACUGUCCAUAGCAGCAUCAGGAUACUGACCACAGCAGCAUCACUACCCAGCAUCAGGAGAACUGUGAUUCUACUAAUCGAUCUGGUCUGACAGUACUGACUGCUGUUCUGGAACCUUCUGUUCUCUCUUUGUUCCUGUUUUCCUUUUGUUUGUUUAGUUCAGGUUUUUUUGUCUUUCAAACGGUUGUGUAUUGUUUCUGUGAAAAUGAUGUAUUUAUUUUAUAGGAGUUGUAAAUGUGACUUGUACAGUUUUGCUAAAUGAUGAGUUGUGAGACGGAUGCCGUUUCCUACGUUGAGACAGUUACUGUGAGAGGAAACAGACUUCAGCUAUCGCCGCCGAGAACUCUGGGAGUCGCUGCUGAAUUCGACCUUAUGCCAUAUCUUUUAAUAAUGACCUGCCAAACUAUUCUAUUGUAUAAAAACCGUGUAAAGUUGUAUUAUGUUAAAGACUAAAUGAAUAAUACACUUCAGAAUUUUAUUGAGAAUUAUUCACUGUAAAAUGGAGACAUUUACAAACCCAAAAAAUUAUUUAUUCAAAUUUUUUGAAGUUUAAAUAGAAAAGAAUUGUGAAAAUGUUACCGUGUAAAUAUAUACAUAUAUACAUUCACUGAUGUAUUUAAAAAAAAACAUGGCUUUGCUUCAAUUUGUAAUUUUAAAAGUGCAAGUGUUAUAUGCUUUGUACAUUAAAGUUCAAAAGGGUUUUACAUUUUCCAUUAAAUCAAAGUAUGUCUGUGUUGUCUUAAUGCAGCUAUUCCCAAA